UGCAGAGAGCAACGCAAUGUAAUAGCAAGUGAUUUUCCAUAAUAACCGGAAACAAAAUAUGUGUUAUACAACAGGAAAUCGAAGUUGCUGAAAGAAUUGACACAUACAAAUAUGCUGCUUCAAUCGAAGUAGGAAAGGAAGACAACUGUCUGAACAUAAUGACUGAAAAAACGCUGGUAUUGGAGGGUCUGCCAGACGACAUAGACAAAAUCAGACCCAAGUUGGAUUUGCACUUCAAAAACAAAAGAAAGUCUGGAGGAGAGACAUUACAAAUACAAGAUUAUCCUGGGGACAAGAGGAAGGCUUUGCUUAUUUACCAUGAAGAUGCAGCUCUGCAGAAAGUGUUGGAUAGAAAAUGCCAUAAAAUUGAUUUCAAAAUCCCUUUUGGGGUGGUUGAGCUUCGAGUGAAACUGAAGGAAGAUGGCGGUGAGACAGAAGUGAAGAAAGUUAAACCACCAGUCUUCCCUCGCCCUACAAAAGACAAACUGACUUCUCUAGGAAAGUCUUCAACUAAAGUUGUAGAGAAGCCAGUGUCAGAGAGUCUAUCGGAUUCAGUGACGGAUAAUGACAUAAAAUUACUACUUGUCAGAACAACCAAGGAAUGUGAAAAGGAGCUCCUUAACUUGUAUUUUGAGCAGUUUGCUUCAGAGGAAGGAGAGGUCAGCAUAACAAGACAUGGAAAGAAUAGAUGGGUCCUUAAACUGCCCUGUCAGUCAGAUGCAGAGAAAGUCCUUGCCAAGAAGGAGCAUCAGUAUGGCAUUUCUGUGGAGGUGUACAAUGAGACAGCUGUUGAAGGGAAACUGGACAAAAGACGCUUCAUCCUGACUGGGUUCAACGAGACCUGCAAGUACGACAUUGUCUCUCUAUACAUCGGCAGCUGCAGCCAAGGUGCUGAACAUGUCUGGGAGACCCUUGACGAUGGAGAAAGAGUAGUGGUCACCUUCAAACAGGACAUUGACAUCAAGUCCUUCCUUAGGAAAUGCUCGUCAAAGAAGUUCCAGGGCAUGGAGAUUGGGGCUUGCCGUUUAGAGCUGACAGACUCUGUCCUUGUCCAGGGGGACAUGAGCCAAUUCAAAGGAGAGGUGGAGGAGGCCCUGAAUCUCUACUUCUCCAGCAGGAGGAGCAAAGGAGGGGCUAUCAGGUCCCAGAUUUGGGUUACAAAUGGCAAGAGCAUGGUCAUCACCUUUGAAGACUGUCAUGUUGCCCAUCAGGUGGCAGAACACAAGCAUCAUUUUGGUGGGGUCGACCUCAUAGCUCAGCUGUUCUACUCCAGCCUGCAGAAGGCUUUGACAGGACAAACAGCCCUCCUCCCAGACAUCCCCACUGAAGUGACCUUUCCACUCAGUGUGGAACUCCUUGACUUCAUUAACCAUGAUGAGACCCGCAAGCAGGAAAUUACAACUGGACUCCUUAGGGUCCAUGCUAGAGUUUCCUUCAACAUGAGUACAGAACCCCCUCAGAUGGAACUGAACAUGACCAUGGAGAAUGAGUCUUUGGGCAUGCUCAGAUUGUUCCCUACAUGGGAGAGGAAAGCCCGGAGACAGGCUCUGGCCUUGCUAAAGAAAUAUAAAGAGGUUCAGCUGCCCAUAGAGGUGGAGGCCUGGGAAAGGAUCGAGAGCGGUUGCCUUGGUCUCAAAUCCCCUGGCGCUAGCAUCUCUUACAGGAGCACCAGUGCUGAGAUAGUGGUGGUGUGUGUGCAGAAUGAGGCGAAGACCCUAGUGGAGAAGAUUGAGCAAAUGGUGAAAAAUGCUAGUGAUGAGCUCGAGAGGGAGAGGAACACGGUAUUAAGAAAAAUCCCACUGGACUCUAAGGAAAAGCUUGAUUUCAUUUGUGAUCUCGUCUCUGGUAAACUAGUGGACGUAGGGUUUUCUAAAGAUGAAGAAAGCUUUAUCAUCUGCCUAAAGGGUUUGGAGAACCAGGUGAGCACAGCAGAAGGUGCCGUGAAAGAGGCCCUGGGGAAAGUUGAAGCCAAACUCCUUGAGAUAUCAAUGCCUCUGGUGGAGUUCCUAAAGUCUGUGGACCUGAAGAAGAUUGAGAAGAACCACUUUGCCCAGAACAACAUAUCGUCUGUGUUCCUCCUUGGUAAUGAUUCCAUCCAGAUCCUGGCAGAUAGAACUAACAUCCAGAGAGCUGAAGACAAACUACGCGAGGUCAUCAAAGAGGAAGUCAUCAAACUCACACCAGACCAAACCCACGUGACAAAGGGCGAACAAUGGCUGCAGUUCUUUGCCAGACUCAACGGGGAGCUCAAAUCCACCAAGAACAACCACAAUGUCAUCAUCUCAGUUUCACAGGAGAAGAUCGGUGUCUGUGGAUUCUCCAAUGUUGUAGCAGAUGUGUCAGGGAAGUUAAGGGGAUACCUGGAUAACAAGAAGCCAGAAACAGUGGACGUCCCUCUCAAAUCAGUGCAGGAAGUACAGUAUGUGGCCUCUUGUAUGAAACUCUCAGAGGUCCCUGAAAUUAAGGCCCUUGGCGUGACUAUACUGCCAUGCAAAACACAAGGAUCCCCUUGCCUGAAGAUCACUGCAGCGAGGGAUAAAAUCAAAAAGGCCUUAGAUGCAGUGAAACAGCAGGUCAGUACAAUAACGACAGAGAAGUAUACAUACUCCGAAGCCGGCAAGUCCAAAGUCCUGGAAAAGAACCGAGUUGCUCUGCAGGCAAAGGCCAAGGAUUUAGGGUGUAAGCUCUACCUAUCACCAUUGAUUACCCACUGCCAGAAAUACAGCUACGACAUAGACGGGUGUGUCACUUUAACCGUGGGUCAGGGUAACAUCUCCCAACAUGCUGCAGAUGCUCUGAUCUGCCCUCUGAGCAGCAGCCUGGCCUUCGAUACUCAGAUCGCCAAGCAAUUCCUUCAGAUGGGUGGGCCUGAGAUCAGGAAGGUGUGUGACAAGCUCCUGAAGGAAAGGCAAACUCUACAGGCGGGAGAUGUGGUCUUGUCCAACCCAGGAACCCUUGGAACUAAACACCUCAUCUAUGCAGGCAUUCCUGUAUUGGGGGAGGCUUCCACACCUCUCAACAUUGUCUAUCUGCAGUCUGCUGUCAGGGACAGUUUAUUGGGAGCAGAACAAAUGAAGUGUGUCUCCAUAGGCAUGCCAGUGAUGGGGUAUGGCACCUUUGGUUUUUCUGUCAAAGAAAGCUGUGUAGCAGUUAUCAAGGGAAUCCUAGAUUUCAUCAACGCUGAUCAGAAACCCCCCCAACUGAGGAAUAUAUUUGUGAUCGACUCUGAUGCCAAGCUAGUGGGGGAGUUCCAAUCAGCUAUUGAAGGAAAGGGUUAUCGUCGUCAACCAAAAAACAGCAAACCAGCAAAAGGCACAACUCCAACUUCUCCCCCUGCAGCCAACGCCUCACAUAACACACCUCCACCACCACCACCCCUAGCGGCUAAACCAGUGAUUAUAGGUGGCGUGUCAGUGAUCCUGAAGAAGGGCGACAUCACCAAAGAGACAGUGGACGUCAUAGUGAAUUCCAACAACCAAAAUCUGGAUCUGAACUCUGGGGUUUCUGGAGCCAUCCUGCAAGCGGCUGGGAAAUCUGUAGCAGAUGAAUGCAAAAUAAUUGGUAUGCUGAAGGCCGAUGGUGUUGUGCUCACUUGUGGUGGGAACCUAAACUGUAAAAACAUAGCUCAGAUGGUUGGGCCCAAGAAUUCUGCAGGUAUCAUCACCUCCAUAGAGAAGGUCCUUCAGCUGUGUGAGAGCCAGAAUGCAGCCACAGUGUCCAUCCCUACUAUUGGCACAGGGAAAGGUGGCAUUGAACCCAAAGAUUGCAUCAAGGCCAUUCUAAAAGGACUGGAGAGCCACAAGUCACAGAUGACCUCAUCCAGCAUCAAAAUCAUUUUCAUAGUGGCCUUUGAGCAGAAGAUCUUUGACUCCUUGAGAAAUUACUUUAACAAAAGGAACCUGCCCCCACACAAAAUCAAGCAGGCUGCAGCCACACCUUCUCAGUCCAGUCUUCCCCCAAAUCACGUAAAAAUCCAUGGUGUCAGAAUUGAAUUGAGGAAAGGCAACAUUACUCAAGAAACUGUCAGAGGCAUUGUGAAUAGCACCAACGCUGAUAUCAGCGUCACAGGAGGAGUUAGUGCGGCGAUCAUCAAAGCAGCUGGGAACGCAGUUGAACAGGAGUGCAGAACCAUUUGUCCUCUGAGGGCUGAUGCAGCAGGGGUGACCAGUGGCGGGGCCCUUCAGUGUGACUUCAUCAUCCACAUACUGGGGCCCCACUCUGUGGCUGAAGCUACACGACGAGUCACCAAGGUCCUGGAGUGCUGUGAGGACAACCAGAUCACCACUGUGUCCUUCCCUUCUCUUGGCACUGGUGGUGGUGGCCUUAGCGGCACAGACUCUAUUGGUGCCACCCUCCAGGGCAUCCAGGAUCAUCUAUCACUGUGCUCCUCCUCUACCAUUAUUAAACUGAUCUACAUCGUCAUCUAUGAGGACAAGAUCCUGCAGGAGUUUCAGCUGGGGCUCAACCAGUGGAAGACAGACCAGAUGGUUGAAGACAACCGUGACUAUGAUCUUGAGGAUGAUCUUUAUGGUGAUGAAGAUGACAGUGUUAUAUGUAACACUAAGUCUGAGGAAGAUGACACCAGUGUUCAGACAGGAAACACAAUUGAAGCAAUAAUUGGGCCAGUGAAGGUCAAGGUAGUAUGCGGUGACAUCACUAAGGAGAAAACGGACGCCAUCGUCAGCAGUACAAACACAAGCCUCGAUCUGAACUGUGGUGUAUCAGGAGCCAUUCUAAAAGCGGCUGGACAGACAGUCGUGGACGAGUGCAAAGCCUUAGGGACCCAACCCAGUGAUGGUGUUGUCAUGACCAAGCCUGGGAAUCUCAAGACCAAGCACAUCAUCCACAUGGUGGGACAGACCAAGGAGAAGGAGAUCACCAGCUCCAUGCUUAAAGUGUUAAAGAUGUGUGAAGACAAGAAAAUACAAUCGGUCUCUUUCCCAGCGCUCGGAACAGGUGCUGGUAACUUGGGAGCAGUGCAGGUCGGGAAUGCAAUGAUAGCCGCAAUAGCUGAUUUACUGAUAAGCGUCAGAACUCCGUCAGUUACAACGAUUCACAUUGUUAUAUUCCAAAACAAGAUGAUAAAGGACUUUGAGGAGGUUAUGAAAAAGUUCAAGAAGGUGGUCCCCAAGGCUGCAGCCAAAAAGUCAUCAAAAACUGCCAAAACAACCAGACCAACCCAUCCCAUCCCUACCAAACCAGCCCUGUUUUUGGCCAGUGCCACAGCAGCCGUGGUCUUCCCCAGUAUGGAGGCUGUGGUGUAUGGGCCCUCCCCUGCCAGCCUGACCAAGGUGAAGAAACUCCUGGACGAGCUGAUCUCUGAGGAGUGCAUUAGCCAGGACCUUCUCUCCAGCCACCUGCCCUUGCUCCUGGAGGCCCAGAAGGAGGCCAUCGUGGCCCUGAGCCAGAAGAACCAGGUCCAUGUGCUGGUGGCGUCCCCAGACAAGAUGAUCAUCUCUGGGAAGAAAGACGACGUUCUGUCCGCCGUCCUCCAGAUUAAGGACUAUCUGCAGGGGGCAAGGGACAGGGAGACCCGGGAGGGAGAGGAGAAUAGGCUGAGGGAGACAGUGCGCUGGGAGGCGGGGGAGGGAGAGACCUGGGGAGAGCUGGACUGUAGUCUAAGCUAUGAUCUGGAGCUGGCCUUCCACAAGAAAGAGAAGCUUUUUAAAUAUAACCACCAGGGGGAGACAUUCACUGUGGAUCUGAAGGACAUGCAGCAGACUGACAGCAAAGGGACCAUCACCAGGGUCAAAAGGAGCCUUGUGGCAGACUCUGAAACAGCCGUCAUUCAGUUCCCACAGAGCUGGACUAGAAUGGAGGGCAAGGAUCUGGAGAUCGUCACACUGGCUUCCAAUUCAGCAGAGUACCAGAGAAUUGAGAAGGAGUUCAUUGCAACCAGCAAGGACCCAAAUACUAAUACGCAGCCAACCAUUCAAAUUAUUCAGAUCCAGAGGAUUCAGAGCAAAGACCAGUGGCAGAGGUACGCAGUGAAAAAACAGGCGAUGGAUAAGAAGUAUCCCAAAAACAAGAACGAGUUGAACCUUUACCACGGAACAACCAAAGACAUCUGUCAGAAAAUCAACACCUGUGGUUUCAACAGGAGCUUCUGUGGGAGAAACGCUACUGCAUACGGCGACGGGACUUACUUUGCCAAAGAGAUGUGGUACUCGUGCCACGAUGCAUACUCCAAACCAGAUGCCAGUGGGCUGAAGUAUAUGUACCGUGCCAGGGCACUGGUGGGUUCACCCUGCCUGGGGGUGCAUGGCAUGAAGGAGCCGAACCCCCUGAACCCCGUUGACCUCCGCCAGGGGCUACAUGACUGUGCCGUCAAUGAUCUGCAGAAUCCAUUUAUCUAUGUGGUGUUCUGUGAUGCAGGUGCCUAUCCAGACUACCUCAUCAGCUUCAAGACCAUCUGAGAGAUGGGAAUAUUAAUUUAAGGGCUGCACUGAAACAACAAUUCAAAACUUGUCAAGUACUUAGGAGGCAAGUAGACCUAAUGCCUUAAAGUGGAGUAUUGAUAUUUUCUUAGGUAUGAGGCUCUUUAACCAGGUCGAAGCUGUGACAUGUUUAGUUUAUUAGAAUCCCUAUUAGCUACUGCACAUGCAGCAGCUACUCUACCUGGGAUGCACAUAACACGUACAAAUACAUGACAAAGUACAGAUAAGAACAUAAGAUAUUAAAAUAAGUUAUAGUUGAAGUUGCUAGUUUACAUACACCUUAGCCAAAUACAUUUAAACUCAGUUUUUCACCAUUCCUGACAUUUAAUCCUAGUACAAUUGUGUCUUAGGACAGUUAGGAUCACCCCUUUAUUUUAAGAAUGUGAAAU